CGCGUCCAACCCUGCGGGGAAUCUUCGCUCAUAAACUCGAGGGAGGCGGGCAGAGGCCUCGCGGCGCCUCCUUCCAGCCACACCCACCGUAGCCGCGCCGCUCGGUUCCGUUCAGCGCCGGAGACCUGAGGCGGCGUCAGCCCCAACUUUUGCCUAAGUUUUUUUUUCCCCUCCCCCGGCCCCGCCGCUCUCCGUUUCCGCUCCGAGCUCGGCUUCUUAGCCCGCGAUGAGGGUGCCUCGUACGGCCCGCGUAGCGCGGUAGUUCCCGAACUCGUUCCGCUUCCUAACUCAGGAGCACGGUCACCCGAGCCCCCAUGGAGUACCUCACCACCUUCACGGGCAAGAGUAGCCGCCUGCUGAGGGGUACCGCCAACCGCCUGUGGAGCGCCGUCCCCGGCGCGGGGAGCCUCCGCCAAGUCCACUUCCAGGAUUCCCAACACGACGGGGCGCCCUCGCCGCCCGAUACUGGCCAGAAGAAGACUAUAGACAAGAAAGAUGGGAGACGCAUGUCUUUUCAAAAGCCAAAAGGGACUAUAGAAUAUAUCGUGGAGUCAAGAGAUUCUUUGAAUACUGUGGCCUUGAAGUUUGAUACUACCCCUAAUGAAUUGGUGCAGUUAAACAAGCUGUUUUCCAGAGCAGUUGUUCCUGGACAGGUGUUAUAUGUUCCUGAUCCAGAGUAUUUUUCCAGUGUGGAGAGUUCCCCCUCACUUAGUCCUGAAAGUCCUUUGUCACCUACAUCUUCAGAAGCUGAAGCUGAGAAGACAGCUGAUUCAGAUGGGGCACAAAAGAAAGAAACAACAGCCAUACCAGCAUAUCCGUGUGUUCGGUCUACAAGGGUUGUGUCAUCCACGUCAGAAGAAGAGGAAGCUUUCACAGAAAAAUUUCUCAAAAUCAAUUGUAAAUACAUUACUAGUAAUAAGGGAACUGUCACCGGUGUGCUCCUAGUGACACCAAACAAUAUAAUGUUUGAUCCACAUAAAACAGAUCCCUUGGUUCAACAAAAUGGCUGUGAAGAGUAUGGUAUCAUGUGUCCAAUGGAAGAAGUGAUGUCAGCUGCUAUGUAUAAAGAUGCUGAUGGCAAAAUACAGGAUUCGUUACCCAUUGAUGUAGGUCAGUUAUCUGUAAAAGAUCUCUGCCACUUCAAGAAAAUUACCAGAAGUAAUACUGAUGAAAUGGAAUUAAGAAUGAGAGAUACAGGAAAUGAUAGUGCCAGUACUGCUCCAAGGAGUACAGAAGAAUCUCUGUCAGAAGAUGUUUUCACUGAGUCAGAACUGUCUCCUAUUCGGGAAGAGAUUCUGGAUGAUCUUCGACAAGACAAAUCUUCUGGAGCUUCGUCUGAAUCUGUCCAGACAGUAAACCACACUGGCAGAGAAUAUGUAAAGGAUAUUUUAGACUCUGUUAAUAAUAUUGGGAAUGUAAAUUCCAAUGGAAAACAGCCUUUGAAUGAUGGUAGUACUUCCGUUAAUGAUACUGUGGACUCAAAAGCAGUGGAGAAAGCAAUAGAAGAAGUACAGAAUAUUGUAGAAGGAUCUAUUUCUGAUGCUGAAGCACAACAUGGAACAUGUCAGGAACCAGUAGAAGGAAAUGUACCAGAGGAUGAGCAGCAUUUGGAUUCUGAAAAAACUGAUUCUCAAAAAGAGGCCACAAAUGAAAGGGAAACUGUGAAACUGCCAACUCAAGAUUCUGAGACAGACACAGAGAUUCUGCGGAAGCUUUGGAAGAGCCAUACUAUGCAACAAACCAAACAGCAACGGGAUACCAUCCACCAGGAAGUGCAUAAAGAAAUGAAACACAAAAUGACAACAGUAGAUGGAACUAUAGAAGGUCCUCUAAUAAAAGAGAAGAGAAGACAUCGAUUAUACAAGUUCUUGUGUCUCAAAGUCGGCAAGCCAAUGCGAAAAACGUUUGUAUCACAGGCAAGUGCAUUGAUGCAGCAAUAUGCACAAAGAGAUAAGAAGCAUGAAUAUUGGUUUGCUGUGCCAUCAGAAAGGACUGAACAUCUGUAUGCAUUUUUUGUUCAGUGGAGUCCAGAAAUAUAUGCAGAAGAUACAGGAGAAUCAAAUAGAGAGCCAGGAUUUAUCGUAGUAAAAAAAAUUGAAACUCAGGCUGGGGAAGAUUCAGUUAAUGAAACAGCUGUUAAGGAGUGGGAGAUUACUACAAGAGAAGAUACAUAUUCAAAGCAGGAAACAACUGUCAAAACCGAACUGGAGCCUGAAGCAUUUCGGCCAAAUCUUAGUGAUCCCAGUGAACUGUUACAGUUGGAUCAAAUUGAAAAGUUGACGAAACAGCUCCCUCCUCGAACUAUUGGCUAUCCAUGGACUCUUGUCUACAGUACUGCAAAGCAUGGCAUGAGCUUGAAGACUUUGUACAGAACUAUGGCAGGAUUAGACACACCAGUGCUGCUGGUUAUCAAAGACAGUGAUGGACAGAUUUUUGGAGCUCUCGCUUCUGAACCUUUUAAAGUGAGUGAUGGGUUUUACGGCACGGGAGAAACCUUUCUUUUUACAUUCUGCCCAGAAUUUGAGGUCUUCAAGUGGACUGGAGACAAUAUGUUUUUUCUUAAAGGAGAUAUGGAUGCCUUGGCUUUUGGUGGUGGAGGGGGUGAAUUUGCUUUAUGGCUUGAUGGCGAUCUCUAUCAUGGAAGAAGUCACUCUUGUAAAACCUUUGGGAAUCGCACACUUUCUAAGAAAGAAGACUUCAUUAUACAAGAUAUUGAAAUUUGGGGCUUUGAAUAAGUAUAAAGUGUAAAAUACUACAAAAGUUUGUCCCAAACCUGAUACUGAUCAAUGCAGCUCAGAAAGCCCUUAAAGCAAUAUAAUGUAGCUUGUUUUGCAAUGCCUUUCUACAUUUUCUGCAUGACCAUCAACAUGUCUUUCACAUCAGCAUAUUGGAGUGCAACUGACUGUUCAGAUUGUAUUUUCAUUUUUGAAAGUUACAAAGCUUUCAAAUUGUAAUUGAUUAUUUCUUUAUGAGAGCCAGAUUUUUAUCAUCAUGUCAUUCACAUAUCCAUUUGUUUGUUGUCAUUCUCACAAUCCAGAAAUUUUCUUUACUUCUGUUUAACUAUUUCACCGAAACAACAAACAACAUAAAAUCUAAUUGAGUUAUACUAUAUGUACUUGGUCUAAAUAAUAUGGUGAAGAGAUAGAAGUUUAUAAUUUACCAAAAAUGAUCAGUCUUGGCUGUUUAUUUCAUUCAAAUAUCACCACAUCUUUAGUCAUGUCAUGACUUGGUAUCUGUUGUAAUUUACUGUUGAAACAUAGCUGCCCUAUUGAUUGUACCGAAGCGUUUUGCACAUGCCAUUAAAGGAUCUGCAGGCUUGGGACAAAUGUUGGGCAAGGAUUCAGCUACAUGAUCAAGAUAUAUAAAAACAGCAAUGAGGAAAUGGAAAAGUAAGCAUAAUGCAGUGAGUAAUUCAUAGUACAUAUAAUACCUUCUUAUUGCUAAAGCUAUGAAGCAGACGCAUUUUUUCCGAACAGCAUAUAAUAUGCAUCAAAUGUAUGUAUGUGUGUGUAUGUACAUAUGCACACACAUACAUAAUACACCACUCUGUUUUAUAGUUCUUCUGUUGUAGCCUUGUAGCACAUCAUCUCCAAGAAUUGCUCCUAUUCAAAACAGAAAACAAAAUAGGUGUGGUGUUUUUCUCUUCUUUUGAGUGGAUCUGUGUUGUAAAACUGCAGUUUGCACCAGCUCUGAUGCAAUGGGGUAACGUACUCUCGAUAGACAUCAUAACUCAGUAGAUGUGUUAAUAUGCAAAAUUUACUGUUCUGUGACCUCAAAGCAAAAA